AUGGAGGCCCCGCUGCGGCCUGCCGCGGACAUCCUGAGGCGGAACCCGCAGCAGGACUACGAGCUAGUUCAGAGGGUCGGCAGCGGCACCUACGGGGACGUUUAUAAGGCCAGAAAUGUACAUACAGGAGAGUUGGCGGCAGUAAAAAUUAUUAAAUUGGAACCUGGAGAUGAUUUUUCUUUGAUUCAACAAGAAAUAUUUAUGGUUAAAGAAUGUAAACACUGCAACAUCGUUGCCUACUUUGGGAGUUAUCUCAGUCGGGAAAAACUGUGGAUUUGUAUGGAAUACUGUGGUGGCGGAUCACUUCAAGAUAUUUAUCAUGUUACUGGACCAUUAUCAGAAUUGCAAAUAGCCUAUGUCUGCAGAGAAACUUUACAGGUACUAUAUUUAUUGUCUGACUUUGGUGUGGCUGCAAAAAUAACAGCUACCAUUGCAAAAAGGAAAUCUUUCAUUGGCACCCCUUAUUGGAUGGCCCCAGAAGUUGCAGCAGUGGAGAAAAAUGGUGGCUACAACCAACUCUGUGAUAUCUGGGCAGUAGGAAUAACAGCAAUUGAACUUGGAGAACUUCAGCCACCUAUGUUUGAUCUUCAUCCAAUGAGGGCUCUCUUCUUAAUGUCAAAAAGUAAUUUUCAGCCUCCAAAACUAAAGGACAAAACAAAAUGGUCAUCAACAUUCCAUAAUUUUGUCAAAAUAGCACUAACCAAAAACCCAAAAAAAAGACCAACUGCUGAAAGACUUCUGACUCAUACUUUUGUUGGGCAGCCAGGCCUCUCUAGGGCCCUAGCUGUUGAACUGUUGGACAAAGUGAACAAUCCAGACAACCAUGCACAUUACACUGAAGGAGAUGACGAUGACUUUGAGCCCCAUGCAAUCAUUCGUCAUACCAUUAGAUCUACAAACAGGAAUGCCAGAGCUGAACGGACAGCUUCAGAAAUAAAUUUUGACAAAUUACAAUUUGAACCUCCUCUGAGAAAAGAAACAGAAGCACGGGAUGAAAUGGGAUUGUCAUCAGACCCAAACUUUUUAUUACAGUGGAAUCCUUUUGUUGAUGGUGCUAAUACUGGCAAAUCAACCUCAAAACGUGCAAUACCACCUCCCCUACCUCCUAAGCCAAGGAUAAACAGUUACCCUGAAGACAACUUCCCAGAUGAAGAAAAAGCAUCAACCAUAAAACGUUGUCCUGAUUCAGAGAAUAGAGCUCCCCAAAUUCUCAGAAGACAGAGUAGCCCAAGUUGUGGUCCUGUAGCAGAGACUUCCUCUAUUGGAAAUGGUGAUGGUAUUUCAAAACUGAUCAGUGAAAAUACAGAAGGAUCGGCACAAGCACCACAGUUACCACGAAAAAAGGACAAGCGAGACUUCCCUAAACCAGCCAUAAAUGGCCUUCCACCCACCCCAAAAGUGCUGAUGGGAGCAUGCUUUUCGAAAGUUUUUGAUGGCUGCCCUUUGAAAAUUAAUUGUGCAACAUCCUGGAUACAUCCUGAUACAAAAGGCCAGGCGCAGUGGCUCACGCCUUUAUUCCCACGGAAGUGUACUUGGCUGUAUGUUAUCAAUAAUACUUUAAUGUCAUUAUCAGAAGGAAAAACCUUUCAACUCUAUUCUCAUAAUCUUAUAGCUUUAUUUGAACAAGCCAAAAAACCAGGAUUAGCUGCUCAUAUUCAAACUCAUAGGUUUCCAGACCGCAUACUACCAAGAAAGUUUGCUUUAACAACAAAGAUUCCUGAUACAAAAGGCUGCCACAAAUGUUGCAUAGUCAGAAACCCUUAUACAGGACAUAAAUACCUCUGUGGAGCUUUACAGUCUGGAAUUGUUUUACUUCAGUGGUAUGAGCCAAUGCAGAAAUUCAUGUUGAUUAAGCACUUUGAUUUUCCUUUGCCAAGUCCUUUGAAUGUUUUUGAAAUGCUGGUGAUACCGGAACAGGAAUAUCCAAUGGUCUGUGUAGCUAUUAGCAAAGGCACCGAAUCAAAUCAGGUAGUUCAGUUUGAGACAAUCAAUUUGAACUCUGCAUCUUCAUGGUUUACAGAAAUUGGUGCAGGCAGCCAGCAGUUAGAUUCCAUUCAUGUAACACAGUUGGAGAGAGACACCGUUUUAGUGUGUUUAGACAAAUUUGUAAAAAUUGUAAAUCUACAAGGAAAACUAAAAUCAAGUAAGAAACUGGCCUCUGAGCUAAGUUUUGAUUUUCGCAUUGAAUCUGUAGUAUGCCUUCAAGACAGUGUGUUGGCUUUCUGGAAACAUGGGAUGCAGGGAAAAAGCUUCAAGUCAGAUGAGGUUACCCAGGAGAUUUCAGACGAAACAAGAGUUUUCCGCUUAUUAGGAUCAGACAGGGUUGUCGUUUUGGAAAGUAGGCCAACAGAAAAUCCUACUGCACACAGCAAUCUCUACAUCUUGGCUGGACACGAAAACAGUUACUAAGCAACAGAAACUGAUCUCAAAUGACAGGAAAAUGAAUAUACUCUAUUGAAAGCAAAAGUAUUUUAAGGAAAUUCAGUACAAACUGCACUAGGACUUGCUUUAAUUGUUAUGGGUUAUAUCUCAAAUGAUCUGUACUUUAGGGUAGAAUUCAGUAUUUUCUACAGCUGGAAACAGCUAGUCUAUCUCUUGCCACUGUGUGGUGGUUAUAUCAAGUUUGCUUAAUAAAAGCUAUGAGACAAAUAGUACUCUA